AUGGGUUCUUUCUUGAAUGGCAAAAGUGUCAAAGAAUGGCAAGGAGUUUUUGAUCAAUUGAAAGAAAUCCCUCGGGGAAAAGGUCAUGAAAUACUGAAAAUUGUUAUCGAUGGCUUAGAGGCCAAUGAGAGGACGAUUUUUCUCGACAUCGCGUGUUUUCUUAAUGGAUAUGACAAAGAAGAGAUCAUCAAGUCCCUAGACCAAUGCGGUGUGCAUGCCGAUAGUGGGAUUGAGAUUCUGGCUAAAAAAUCGUUAAUAUACAUCGAUGAAAACGACAAAAUACGGAUGCAUGAUUUGCUUCAAGAAAUGGGUAGACGAAUUGUGACUCAAGAGUGCCCUGAAAAUCCUAGCAAACGAAGCAGAAUAUGGCGUCAUGAGGAUGCCCUAGAAGUGGUUAGACAAAAUUCGGGAACAGACACCAUUGAAGGCAUCAAAUUAGACAAGGUUGAUGUAGAAGACUUGAUCUUGUAUGCAGACUCGUUCAAAAAGAUGAAGAAGCUCAGGAUGUUUAUAAUGGCUGAUCAUGUCCCUCAUUGUGGACUGGCCGGACAUAUGUCAGGAAAAUUGCGGCGGUGUUUCGCACGAAACAGCAACAAUAUCUUCGCCUGUUGGGAGAGGCUGGGGAAGCAAAUUUCCAAGUUGUGGUCUCAAGGAGCCUGA